UGGUUCUGUUUUGCAUUCCAAUGUAUUUACGUUACUUUUUAGAGUAACUUUUAUUCUUUAGUUUAAUUAUUUUAGAACUUACUUAGUUUGUCUGUCAUGGCAUGUUUUUAGGUCGUUAUUAUUGAUUACUGUGGUGCAACGCUAAUGCAUGGGAUACGUUGUCAGUCAAAUUUAGGCAUGGAAGUUGAACUUCAGAAUUUAGCGUUGGUAGAAGUGGGAACGAAAGACCCGUGUGCUCUUCCUAUUCAGGUUCGAAUCGCAGUUAAAGAUGAUAUAGUACUUGCUGAUGCAUUAUUUACAAAAAUAUGCCAAAGAUGUGGUCUCGAAGCAUCCAGCUAUAAAUAUUUUACGCUGUGCAGAGGUGAAGACUACCCAGUUCGCAAAUACAGAUCAUCUGACAAAAUUCACAUUCCCGCUACAGAUCUGUGUUUAGAAAAAUGGUGUUUGAAUUCUAACAGUGAGAAGAAGUUAAUGAAGUCUGACCCUAAGGCUGUUCAUUUGUUGUUCAUCCAAGCCAAACACGAUGUUGCAUCAGGAAAAUUAAUAACGACAAGUGAAGAAAAAAUCAAGCUAGAUGAAUGCCUGGAUCCAGAAUUCCUAGUUGAAGAACAGUACGUCCUGAUGUGUCAGAAGCUGCCAGAUUACCAAACCAUACUGGUUCAGGGAUGUGUCGUUUGCGAAGAUGUCAUGUUGAAAUCUUGUGCGUUUGCCAGAAAUGAUAACGUGAAUAUUUUUGUAUCCAAGUAUGGCUUGAAAAUUGUUACAGAAAAUGUGGAAUACAUAAGCUUGUCUUGGUAUGAAAUUGUCAAGUGGGAAUAUAACAAAAAGAAGAGUGUUCUUUUAUAUGUGGUACACCCUGCAGAUGAAGACUACAAGAGUUAUCUUUCUUUAAAAUCUGUACAGGCAGAAUACCUGUUAGCAGCCACGUUUGAAGGCGUAAGGGAAUUGUUGGCUGAAGACAAAGAUGCAGAGCCAUUCCUUUCAUCAAUGGUAACCAAAACACCAGAGGGAGCCACUCAGUGGGAAAAUAGUUUGUUUUCUCCAAAACAAGCUCUGAUCUUUUCUUGAAACUUUGCCUGUGUCUGGAUAGUCUAUAAAAGUCACAGAAGGCUGGUGAUAUGAUUGCCUGAAGAUUCAUAGUCUUAAAAAUACAUAACAAGAACACUAGAUCAGUGUGUGUGAAAGUGAAAAUAGAUGGCACGUCCAGAAAUAUUUCUGAAGUGUUACCAUUGGUCCUGCUUUUGGUAGUGUCUGGCAGCCUGUUAUUUUACUUUUCUAAUAUAUUAGAUUUGCUUGAUGAAAUUUCAAACAUAAUGUAUGUUAGAUUUUUAAAAUACAAUUCAAAUAAUAGCAAAGUUGAUGUCACCUCGGAUGAUAAACCUGAGAGAUCUGAUGGAAGUCGGUGAUAUUAAUUAUCUCAUGUGUUCAGUGUUCAGGAAGGUAUGCUUUCAGCACUUACCUUGUGUCUACUUGAAGUACUCAUGGCAAGUUACCUAUGUUGAUUAAUUGUAUUUUAGACCUUGUUUUCUGGUAAUUGUAAAUGCUUACAUUGCAUAUUGCUUUACUGUAUUAGUUUUAUGAUAUUUUUAACUGAUGCAUUGUAUUUCUUAUUGAUUUUCUGUAUUCAUUUCUGUUUUUCCUAUUGACAACCAGUAUUAUUCUUGGAUUCAAUAAUAGGCAGGGAUUGAGUGGAGUUAAUUCCCAUUCAUGUGUCUUCAUUUUUUAAUUAUGUUUUUUUUUUUUUAAUUUUGGUCUUCAUAUUUGCUGUUAUUAAACAUGGGUGAAUACAAAUGAAUGGUGUGCAGGGUGGGUGUGUGUGCAGCACCCCCUCCCUUUUUUAAAAAAUAAACUCUAUAUUUUUUUAUGUAUAUGACUAAAAGUUUGUAUUCAACAUCCAGCACUUAGCACACUAAACAUAUUAUAUCCAUCCUUUUUCAAAUUCCUGUAUCCACCCGUUAUAGAGCUUUUGUAUGUUCGUUCUUUGAUUAUGUAUUGAUCUGAACCAAAUAUGUUGUGUGAACGAAGAUGGGGUGGUAAACAAAUGCAUAGCAACUAUGCACCACCACAUACUGAUGAAUUCCAUUAGAUCAAAAUGAAUUCCUUUCUUAGCUUGUGUUCAAAUAUUGUUUGGCGUAGGUUGUUUUUACAUGAAAAUGCUUUUAUUUAGCAUAUUUUUAAUAUUCAACCUGUCUAACGGAUAUUGAUAUAAAAUUAUCCAGGUUUUCUAUUGAUCUUUGUGUUAUAAGAGUGAUAUGGUUUGUUUAUGUAGUGAAUCAUUAAAUUUUAUAUUCAACUUACAACUGUAUAGUGUUGAAGGCACUGCAUAGUGUGAGCAAAAAUGUAAAUUGUAUAUACAUGUAUGGUGACCGUUGUGAUUCAACCCACCUAAUGUGUUCAGUAUUUAUGCUACAAAGAACAUUAUUUCAUCAUUUAUUGGAAUAGAUUCUGCUAUAACAUGAAUAUAUGAAUACAGGUAACCUUUACUGGGACCUGUAAAAUAAAUAUUGGUGUCAUGGGAAAAAUAAAAUAAAUCGGGGGUAAUUCCAGACGAGGCAAGCACCUCGUCUGCCUCAUGCUGGCUACUUUUGUAUAUACAUGUAUGUAUAAUUCCACUACUAAUAGAUAUCUUUUUUUUAUCAUCCAUAAAUCAUUAUUUCUAUUGCUGUGAUUGUAGUUGUAAUAUUGUUAACUAACUAUUUGUUAAUUUUACCAGUAAACCAUUUAUUACUAUUACUGUUUAAUAAUGUUAUUAUUAGUGUAAUGUUAUAACUAGUCGUAUGUGAAGUUUAUUGGUGUAUAACAAUUGUUUUACUAUAGUCAGUAAAGCAUUAUAAUAUUACUAUUACUGUGGUAUUAACUAAUAUUAGCAGCUAGCUACUUGUUACUUUUACCAGUUACUCUAGUCAUUAAUCCAUUAUUAUUACUGAAUAUAACAGUUACUGUAUAGAGAGAAUAUUAAACAAGCUACUAUGUAUUAUCAAGUUUUAAGUCCCGAGUGAAAUAUGUAUUCUUUGUCAUGAACUUUAGCGGUUAAACCAUUGCAUGGUAAUUUCUCAUUUGCUGGGGUAAUACUACAUUGUAUUAAUUAGCCAUUUGUAAAACCUGUGUAUUAUUGUUUUUAUUUAAGUAACCAAAAAUGUAUAAUUAUUUAUAUUUACCGUAAUGUAAUAUAUUGGUAACUAUAUUGCGAUUAAUUACGAAUCAACCGAAUCAGUUUUAUAAAAACAUUUUUAAUAUGUCAUAACUCAUCAGCAAUUGUAUUUAAUUGUUUGUAGAAAAAGAAUGGUCAGAGGCUGCUGUUUUGCUGUGUUUUUAUUUGGUACCAAAAUUAGAUAUUAAUUUUUAGAAAUCCAUGAAAUUUGACUUAAUAGCUUUAUAACAGUGAUUCACUUUGACAGUUUGUACUAGCUCUCACAGGUAGCUGACUGUAAAAAAUAAAACAGUAUCUUCAUCAACACGGUAGCAUAUUGUUUAUCCAUGGCUAUUUUAGUAUCACUUGGUAAUUGAUUCAUGAUCAAAGUGUGGAAGAAGAAAAGUGCUACACUAGCUACCUUAAUAUGUAGCAUUGUUUGUUUGAUUAGCAAGAGACUGACAGGGAAAAUUGGUGAAAGAAAGUAGUUAGUAAUAAUAAAGUACCAGUAAUAGUCACAUUUAAGUCCCUAGUAAAACAAUUUUAAAUUGUCAUGAGCUUCAGUGAGUGAUGAAUGAAACCUAUUUCACAAGGCACAUUUGAUGCUAAUAAAAGUACUUAAGGUUGUGCUAUUUUGUACAUUACCUAACUAUUUGUAUUGUUAUUUUCAUUGUUCAGAACUUCUGUUUGUAAAAAGUUUAGAAACUGUCGGAACCAUUAUACACACACAAUUCGUAGUAUCACUGUAUCUUAUGUGUUGUGUUGACAAUCAAAAUAUUUGUUAAAAAAAUUCACUAAAAUAUAUUUUUUAUGAUUAUUAUUAAAAAUGAUGGAAAAACA